AUGGGUUCGUUAAUCCCCGAUUCCCUUGUUAAGGCCCAUUUGGGUUCGAAGCGUCACAGUCCUGACCUCGAGGAUGGCAUAGACGAGCCAGCCUCUAAGCGAAGCCGGUCUGCUGUAAUCACAGAUGAGAAUGAACACGGCAAAGAGAGCCUCGAGACCAUUGCCACUGCCUACACCCAAGCGCCAGAGCCCGAUUCCACGGAUUAUCUCACACAUGACGACCGGGGUUCUACCAGCAGCGCCCCGAGUGCUCCAGACAGACUCGGAAACGACUCUGACGACACAGUAACGGAUAAGUCUGCCGCCCCAGACUCGGCCCCCGAGAAGAGUAUCGACAACGUCGUCGAUACCGACGCGCCAAAGGCUAGUCCAUCCGGCCAGCCCACUCACAGCAGCCAGGAUCCUGCCCUCUCCAUCCCAGAUCCUACUGCCGUACCUGGCAACGGAGUUGACGACGCGGCAACCUUCAAACCAGCCGUCUCGGGCUCAAUUCCCGAAGCGAGCGCCGAUAAUGCUUCCAACAACUUAGUAGGCCUUGCUUCCAACAACCUAGUACGCCCUCCUUCCAACAACCUAGUAGGCCUUGCUUCCAAGAUUGCCCCUGCUGCUUCCACCACUUCCCUCCCGGUUGACGUCGAGGAAGCCACGUGUGGGUUAGAACAGUUGAAAAAGGCCCUCUCUAGACCUUGGGACUAUGACAGGAUUAACGCUUUCGAGUGCGGAGAAAUGAUAAUCCAAUUCUGGGGAGAUCUUCGCGCUCGCGUCGGGGAGUUUGUCCUCAACACCUUGCCGCCAGUCUACUCUUGGGAUAGGCUACCUGGUGUGUGGCAAAAUGAGAUCAGUGAAUGGGCGACGAAUGCGCCUAAUCAUUUUAACUCUAGCAAUAAAAAUGUUGUUGAGCAUAUCUUCAUGGCUUGGAUUCACCGCAUCCUCUAUGAACACGUCUUCUCGGGAGCGGACCCAGAUAAGUGGAAUGGAGAGCUGUGGCAAUCAUUUGGCAAAAUACAGGCCUCUGCUCGAAAGCUUGUUACCGACUCCGAUGACAAAUACAACCCCUUGUACCAUCACUGGCGCAAUCUCACUGUUCGAGUAGUACAUCGACAGAAUCCCGAACAGAGACACUUUGAUCCUUGUUGGCUACGAAGCUUAAUAGAGAAGCGUGUUCUCAGUAUCCAGACUGAAUACCUCGAAACUAAUCCCCACUCAGAGCUUAAUAUGACGGUCCUCGAAUUCCUAGACCAGAAUUACGUGAACUUGAUCGAUCUAGUCAUGCGUAUGGAUAUGCUUAUGAUUGUAACUCGCUGGCACAUAAGAAUGGAGAUGUCCCACCCAGAUACGGCUCAAGUCCACGGAUUCCGUCCGGAAGAGAAUCGAAUGGAUAUCACAGUCACUGAGCUCGGAGCAGAGCCGGGGCUUGUCGACUACGUCAUGGUCCCUGCGCUUGUAGUUCACGGAGACACCGAUGGAAGCUUUCCACAAGUGGGAACAGAAUCCGUCAUCUAUCCUCUUGGUUUCGAUUAUUGGUACAAUGCUGAUAUGUACAGCACACCAAUGGAAGUUGUUUGUCCGGAGAAGCUGGAGGAAGGGGGCCAGAACUAG